AUGGGCUUCUGGGUGGACGCUUGUGUGUCUCACCUGCUGCUUGUCACCUCCCAGAACUCAGUCCCAGCCUCCUCUCAGCAGCGGGCGGCCACCCGUGCGCCCCUGUCCCCGCAGGUGGCCGAGACGUGCCAGCUGGCUGCCCAGCGGCUCGAGUGGCUGCAGCAGCACCGUGGGGAGCCGGCGGUGGCCGGGCCCUACCUGUCCGUGGACCCUGCUCCUCCAGCCGAAGAGCGCGACGUGGGGCGGCUACGGGGGGUCCUGCUGGACGAAGCCCGGCCACUCUUUGACCGCUACCGAGCCAUGUUCGCCCUGCGGGAUGCCGGCGGCGAAGAGGCUGCGUUGGCUCUGGCCGAGGGCCUGCACUGUGGCAGCGCCCUCUUCCGCCAUGAGAUUGGCUACGUCCUGGGCCAGCUGCAGCACGAGGUGGCCGUGCCCCAGCUGGCAGCGACCCUGGCCCAGCGGGCCGAGAACCCCAUGGUGCGGCACGAGUGCGCUGAGGCCCUGGGAGCCAUCGCCCGGCCCGCCUGCCUGGCCGCCCUGCGGGCCCACACAGCCGACCCCGAGCGCGUGGUGCGAGAGAGCUGCGAGGUGGCCCUGGACAUGUACGAGCACGAGACCGGGUCGGCCUUCCAGUACGCCGAUGGGCUGGAGCAGCUGCGCGCGCGCCCCUCCUAGAGCCGCCUGUCUGCCUGCCUGCCCGCCUGCCCUGCAGGACUCGGCAUGAGCUGCAUAUAAACCGAGCUUGUGCGGAUCGGGUCUGGCUUCCCCGUCCCCCUGGGGCUGUCUGCUUGGCCUGAUCUGGCUGCUUUUGCAUCCUGACUCCCCCAGGGCCAGGCUGAGGUGUCCUGUGUCCCUCAUGGGGGGCCUGGCGCAGGGCUGCAGCACCCAGGUUUCUGGUCACGGCGGUGGGAUGUUGGCGUGGGAACGGGGGUCUGAGGGUGCAGGCCAGGGCUAUGCUCAGGGAAGUUGGGGUUGCCUUGACCCCGCCUCUUAAGGAACCAGGGGAGCCCGGAAAGGCACUGUGGGCAAACCCAAGCCCUUGGGCCUGGCCAGGGGCUGGGGCUUCCAAGGGCUGCCCCUGGGGCCUCUGACUCCCUAGCCCGGGACUAGGCAGGGUGGGAAGGUUGUUAGGGGCUUGGGGGCUGGGGAGGGACAAGCAGACCCCGGCCAGUGACCACCCUUGCCCUCCUGCCCGCAGGCCUGCACUCAGUUAUUUUUGCCAAGCCAUGACUCUCAGACUAUGUUGGGGGCUCUGCAGGGCUGCUCUCAAGGAACAUCUCAGGGAGGGGACCGGGGUGUUUGAAGAGUUCCAGGCCCAUGCCCUGGUUUCAUCUCCGGCCAGCCCACUCCCAGCCUGGCCUUCCCCACACCCUCAUUCUCACCCAGCCCCUAUUGGGGUUUAGUGGUAUGGCUAGGAGCCCAGGCUGUGGGUUGCCGUCCCAGCUACCCACCUCAUUCUCCAUGUGCAGCCUUCAACACCCUGUUUUACGGCCAUAAAAUAGGCGUAACCAUAGAACCUAAUCUCACGUGGGACACAUUCCACCUGCUGCGGUCUGCCGGCCAACAACAUCCCUGCCCGGUCACAUGAGGGCAUAGAUGCCCAGAGUGGGGGUCCUUGGGCUGGUUUUGCCACACUGAUGCCUUCUCCUCCUGGCCCUUCUGAUACCAGGCACGCGAGGUCUCCACCCUAAGCAAGUCAUCUCUCCAUGGGCAUCCUACAAUUCGAUUCAGUUCUGAUGCGCACUGCCGAGUUCACGCCGGGUCCCCUCCUCACUGCUGAUGAUUUGCUCGCAUAGCUCCCAGAGCUCAGGAAAGCACUUGACUUGCCUGUUUCUUAAAAAGGAUGUCACGAGCAAUCAGAUGAGGGGUCUCGGGUGCAGGGGCUUCUUCCCGUGGAGCUUGGGGCACAACCCCCUCUGCCACGUGGAUGCGUUCACCUGCCCUGGAACUUUCUGAGUCCCUUGGUUAGGGAUUUUGUGGAGGCCCCGUGUGGAGGCAAGGUUGGUUCAAUAGGUGGCCAUUGGUGAUUCUCCCCCAGGGCCGAGGGUGUGGCUGAAAGUCCCUCCUUCCUCAGCCCCCAGCCCCAUCCUGAAGCCACCUGUGAGCCUGCAGUCCCAGGCCUCGUUGGCGAGCCCAAGUGUGGUGGGAAGGCCUUCCUCUUCCUCUGGCCCUUGCCUCUCAGGAAGUUACAGGCUUUUUAAAUUUUACUUUGUUAAGAUUUAUUAUUUUAGAGAGAGAGCAGGGGGGAGGGGCAGAGUGUCCCAAUCAGACUCCGUGGUAGGUGCGCCUGACACAGGGCUCGAUCCCACCCCAAGAUCACAAUCUGAGCUAAAACCAAGAGUCGGUCACCCAACCAACUGAGCCACCCAGCUCCCCAGGAAGGUACAGACUUUUAAAAGGGGCUGGGGCUCGGGGCCCGGGACACACAUUCUCUAUUACCUCAGUGUCGCAGGCACCUCAUGACUGGCCCACCAGCCACCCUCCCUGCUCUCCUCAGAUUUACCUGUCCCCAGCAGCAGAGACCGUGGGAAUUUCUUAAAAACAAGCCUUCCUGACCUCACAGCAUCCCCAGGUUCUGUCUCCUGCCCACUUUGUGCUUCUCUCUCCAGCAAGAGCCCCAGGAAGAGCCAAACCCCGACUGCCUCCCACGGCUCGCCUUUCCCUCCUACUGGCACCAGCCAGGUUCCGCCCUCCUGUCCCCAGACCUGUCAUAGUCUCUGUCCUCCUCCCCCUCGGGCAGUGUCUCACUGGCCCAGCCCCCUCCUUCUCCUGGGAACUUCUCAUGGGACCAGCCUCCCCUCCCACCUCUCACCCCUCCCCUGGUGCCCAGGCUGGGUCCUCGGGCCUCUUCCCUCCCCAGUCGCUCCCCUCCCGGGCAGCCUCGUCCACUCUCCCCGCCCCCACCCCAGUCUAUGGCAGGACGAUGCCCACAGUCCUGUCUCCAGCGCCCCCUGAUACUAUUUUUUUAUUGUCUUCCUAUGUGUUUGAGAGCUGACUCCAGAUUGACUUUGCGGUAACCUUGGCUGGCCAGCAAGGACACCAUCUCGACCGUGUUUUGUGGCUCAGGCUAAUACUCACGCAGGGCCUCCCCAGGGGCCUCCUGAUUUCCGGACUCGGGGUCCGGCUGCCCCGCUACAUCUCCACUUAGAUAUUGGUGAGGCAUCCCAAACAUAGUGUGUCCUUAGGAUUUCUCAUGUUACCUCCCAAAGCUGCUCCUCCCGCAGGAAGUGGGAACUAUCAUUCCAGGGGCUCAGCCUAAAAACAUCGGGGUUGAAUCAGUUUAAAAUCUAUCCCGGAUCUCUUACUUGCCCGCAGCCACCACCAUCUCCUGCCUGGACCCGCCCAAUCCCCUCUGCCCCGCCCCCCG